AUGGUUGUGAUCCUCUUAAUUCCCGUUCUGGUUUUCGUCGCGCUCCUGCCUACAGGCCUGAACCACAAGUUAGGUCUCUGGACCACUGUCUUCGGUAAUGCUGGAGGGGAGAACGGAGGAAGUCAAGGGGUUUUAGGGGCUCAUGAGACUGCGGGUGAUCGAUAUUUGCUCGGCGUUGGCAAAGCGGACAUCACCGGACCGUGUGUAGAGAUCAACCUCAUGGGCUAUGCAGAUCCAAAUCAGAUUGGUACGGGGUUGCGACAACGGCUCUAUUCUCGAGCAUUUAUUGUUGGCGACCCGGACAAGCCUUCAGAUCGAUUUAUUUAUCUAGUUCUUGACACUCAAUCUGGCGACACUGCUGUGCGAUAUGGUAUCUUAUCCGGCUUACAGGAACUCGGCCAUGAUUAUGUUGACUAUGGUCACCACAACCUGGCCGUGACUGGCACACAUUCGCACUCUGGCCCGGGGGCCUGGCUGAACUAUCUUCUACCGCAAAUAACAAGCAAAGGUUUCAACAAGCAGAGCUACCAAGCCAUUGUUGACGGCGCCCUCCUGUCGAUUCGCAGAGCCCACGAAAGCCUUGCGCCGGGACAUUUGAGUGUUGGCACAACCAAAGUCUUUGGCGCCAAUAUCAAUCGAAGCUUAUACGCAUACCUUAAUAAUUCAGAAAAGGAAAGAGCGCAGUAUAACAUUAGCAGCGAGGAUGACGGCUCUGUAGAGAAGGACUUGACCUUGCUCAAGUUUACACGGGCUUCUGACAGCAAAAGUCUUGGCGUGCUUUCUUGGUUUCCUACACACGGUACAUCCGUUCUUGGGAACAACACAUUAAUCUCAGGUGACAACAAGGGAGUGGCCGCAUACCUGUUUGAGGAAAGUGUCAAAGAUGAUGAAAGUGCUGAUGACAGUUUUGUCGCUGGCUUCUCGCAGGCCAGCGUUGGUGACACAAGCCCAAAUGUUCUUGGUGCUUGGUGUGAAGACGGUACAGGACAAAUGUGCAGCUUCGAGAACAGCACUUGCAGUGAUGGGAGGUCCCAGAAAUGUCACGCCCGAGGACCCUUCUUCCGGGCAGAUGAUGAGGGAACUUCCUCUUGCUAUGAGAUUGGAAAGCGACAGUUUGAGCCAGCUCGGAUGUUAUACGACCAGUCCAACAAAUUGUCCCCAAUCCGUGGUCGUUGGGUCAAAAGCUUCCAUAAGUUUCACAACAUGUCAAACUUUCGGUUCCAAACCACCGACGGAAGACAAGUACAGACUUGUCCAGCAGCCCUGGGUUACUCUUUCGCCGCCGGAACCUCUGAUGGGCCGGGUGCUUUUGACUUCACGCAACAUGAUGGAGGUCCAAAUACUACAUCGCCUGUCUGGCAAGUCGUCGGCGGGCUACUCAAGGCACCUUCCGAGCAGCAGAAAGCUUGUCACGGAGCCAAGCCGAUUUUACUGGAUGUUGGGGAGGUGACUUCGCCAUACCUUUGGACACCGAAUGUUGUAGACGUACAGGUCUUCCGUGUUGGUCAACUAGUCAUCAUUGUCAGCGCUGGCGAAGCAACAACUAUGGCUGGACGACGCUGGAAGAGUGCAGUCGGAAAGGAGAUCACCGCUCUAUUCGCAAACGAAGUUUCGUCCUCGCCACCAGUUGUGGUACUGGGCGGGCCUGCAAAUAGCUAUACACACUACAUCACCACGGAAGAGGAGUAUGAGAUCCAGCGUUAUGAAGGUGCCAGUACUUUGUAUGGACCACAUACCUUGGCGGCUUAUAUCAAUGUGACACUUUCCCUCGUACCAUAUUUGAGUGCGACGUCAACGGGACUACCAUCUCCCGGCCCAAGUCCUCCAGACAACAGUAAUCGGAGCCUCAGUUUCGUUCCUGGUGUCGUUCACGACAGACCACCCUUGUUCAAGAAGUUUGGUGAUGUUACCACCGAUGUAGAACCGGUCGUUUAUCGUGGCAGCUCCGUUUCAGCCGUGUUUGUUGGUGCGAACCCUCGCAAUAACCUUAGGCUGGAGCGAAGCUACGCAGCAGUCGAGAAGCUCAUCACUGAUCUGUCAACUGCGGAGAAACAAUGGCAGCCAGUCCGGGAUGACAGUGAUUGGCAUCUUGUGUUCCGCUGGCGCCGCACGAGCGAGCUCCUUGCCACCAGCGAGGUAACUAUCACCUGGGAGACUGAGCAGUGGGCUGAGCCUGGCAUUUACAGACUGCGGUAUUACGGUGAUGCAAAAAGCAUAUCUGGAUCCCUCACGGAAUUCGAUGGCGUGACUGGGGAGUUUCAACUUAUCUGA